UUUUUUCCCCUCUGCAGCCGGAGGUAUGUCGCCUGCAGUCAGACACGCAGCUGCCGCAGCCUUCAGCUGCAGAACAGCCGCUGUGCUCCUUCCCGCUCUCAAACCGCGACACGUGGACGUUUCCUCCGUUUCCGCUCGACUGAUGUGGAAUCCGCGCGGCGUGCGCGUGUUCGUGGGAUAUCCGAGAGGCCGGUCCGCGUCCUGACAUGAUCCGUGUCUGUAAUGGCGAAGGGUCUGCUUCCACGGGCCUGGGUGAAAAGGUCCUUCUACUUUCAGGCUCGGAUCUCCUUCAUGCGGGUGAAGUACCUGUUUCUCACAUGGCUGACGGUGCUGGUGAGCAGCUGGGUGGUCUACGUCCAAUACUCCGCCUACACGGAGCUGUGCAGAGGACACGAGUGCAAGAACGCAAUCUGUGAAAAGUACAGACGAGGAGUGAUUGACGGCUCAGCUUGCAGCAGUCUUUGUGACAAAGGGACGCUCUACUUUGGAAGGUGCUUGUCCUCGCUGCCAAACAACCAGGUCUACACGGGGAGCUGGGGGGACCACAGCGGCGUCAUCCGUUGUCAGCUGGGGGAGGCAGCGCGCUAUGAUCUGAGUGACGAACCGGAGCCGCGGAGGGAAGCUCCAGCAUUCGACCAGCCUUCUAAAGGCACCUCAGUGGAGAAGUUCAGAGAGAUGGUCUUCAGUCUGCUCAAGUCCAAGCUGGGAGAGCAGGUGAAUCUCUCCGGCCUGGUCAGUCAGAUCCUCUCCGUCACGGAUGGCAACAAAGAUGGACGAGUGUCCCUGCCAGAGGCCCGCUCCACAUGGGCCGUCCUGCAGAGGGAUGAGGUGCUGCUGGGCCUGGUGCUGCAGGAACGGGGACACACUCCCCGCCUCCUCGGCUUCUGUGGAGACCUCUACAUGACAGACCGUGUCCCCUAUGGGCCUCUGUACGGUUUCGCACUGCCGUGGCCACUAGUGUCCUGGGUGCCUGGCAGUUUGCAACGGACUAUGGAUCAGUGGUUCACCCCGUCGUGGCCUCGCAAAGCUAAGAUCUCCAUGGGCCUGCUGGAGCUGGUCGAGGACGUCUUUCAUGGCACCUAUGGCAGCUUUCUGAUGUGCGACCUGGCAGCGGUGCACUUUGGAUACACAGACCGGCACGAGCUUCGCUUGACCGACACUCAAGUCCUAGUCCCUGAAGACGAGUUCAGGCGCAACAUGCGAGCCCUGAGGUGUGAGACGGAUGCAGACUGCGUGUACGGUGCAGACUGCCAGACGUCGUGUGAUCUAUCGGAGAAGCGGUGCGGGGAGCAGCCGCUCCGGCCUAACCUGGCGAAGGCAUGCCGCACGCUGAAGGACUACCUCCUGCGUGGAGCACCGUCAGGAAUGAGCGAGGAACUGGAGAGGCAGCUGUUUGCCUGCAUGGCCCUCAGAGGGAACUCCAGGCAGCUGGACAUGGAACAUUCCCUCAUCCUCAACAACCUGAAAGCCCUAUUGUGGAGACAGAUCUCCCAUACCAAGGACUCGUGACCGAGGAAUUCCCUCUGCGAGGAACAGAUGCCGAGUGUCUGCAGCAUCCAUGUCAAUGUUGUCCACCUUUCUGCACAUCCCGUCACCUGUGGGAAUCAGCCGUCACUGAUUCUCACAGGUGCUUUGGCAGACUUUUACGCCGGAUGUCCUUCCUGACACAACCCUGUACUUUAUCCGGGCUGGGGACCGGUACAGGGAUACUCCGACUCCAGCCCCCCUAUGGUUACAAUUAGGAUGUAGCACAAAGUGUCUUACCAAGGACCCACACUGGAUGAAGCUCACCGCAGCCCCUGGGAAUCAAACCCUGGUUUCCUGUGCGCCGGUCCCAAACGCAGCUGACUGAGCCGCCCAGACCAGCAGCAUCAAUUUCUGAGGACGGUUUUGCUCUUUUUCAGAGCAGUUCACAGCAGGUUCUACCUCCAUCGUCCUGUAACAGGUCUGGGGCAUGAACCUGUCUGCAGUCAGCGGCACCUUUCCCAUGAUCCCCUCCAUCCUAUAGCUGACGUGAGUCCUGUUGGAGGGAGAGAGAUGUGCAGUGACCUGCCUUCUGUGAGUGCACUUUACCCAAGAGGAGUUUCCAGUUUGAACAAUGCAUCGAAUAGAAAAAACAGAACUAAAAUACGAAAUGAAAACUAAGAACAACUUUCACCAACAUCCAGUGAUGUUCAGAAAAACUGCAGCCAUACCAGCCAGAUGAAGAUGUCCUUUACAUUCACUAGAAAGAUGAACAAACUGUUACAGACACAGUAACCUGAGGCUCCUCCCCCUGCUGUUGAAGGGACCAAUACAGGGCCGCCCUUCAGGUGACGUCCACCUGAACAGGUUUCUGCUAAACAUUCCGGUUCAUGGACUGAGAGAAAUGCGAAGGUCCGUGCACAGGCGUGCUCCGCUGUUCACUACAAAAUGCUGACUCAGCAUCCGUCAUGUUUUACUUCUCACUGUGCCACUGAGAGUCCAGUCACUUGUGAUUGUUUACAUCUAAUGCUGUUCGCCAUUUCCCAUAAUCCUCCUGUCUCAUGCUGCUGUCCAGUCUGAAAAGGAUUUCCUGUUUGAAGAAGCUGGCAUGAUAUUGCACAAAUAAAUGAAUUCCACAUCAUUUUUACUUGAA